UGGAGCGAUGCGCUUUGCAUUGUUCAGAACGAUAUACAAGACUGGGCUGAGCAGUCUGCGGCAAUGUCCACCAUCUACAGCGGAGCGCUACUUUCAAUCUCUGCGUGUUCUGCUAUCUCCAAUGAGUCUGGGUUCCUCCAGCUACGGGAGCAGCACUUAAUUCUUGAGCUACAAGUUCCCUGUCCAGACCAUGGCAAAGAUUGCACACUUCAGUUUCGGAGACAGUCAAACGUGGACAUAAUUCAAAAACACGACGGAAAAAAGUGGCCGCUGGACCGACGCGGCUGGACUUUGCAAGAAAUGCUUCUUCCUCGCCGGCAGAUUCGAAUUGACGUAGAACAAAUCACGUGGGUUUGUCGCUCUAUUGUCUCUUUGGAAAGCUAUGAUCGCGAGGCGCCUUUCAUUGGCGUCGCAAGAGGAGCAAACGAUAUUUUCAAGGCCCUUUCGUUUCAAAGUCGAGCGAACGGGACGACUACCCCUUCAAACCCGACUACAGAAGCAGGGGAGAGGGACCGUGCCCUUCGUCGUUGGGCCGUGAUCGUAGCAGAGUUCUCAGGGCGAGAUCUGACAUAUGCAGCAGAUAAGCUACCAGCUCUAUCUGGACUUGCUUCGUCUUUCAACAAUAUUCUUGGAGACCAGUAUCUGGCCGGCCUAUGGCAGAGCGACCUUCACAGGUCAUUGCUAUGGUUCAGGGAUACCUUUCAUACAGGAAAGUUGAGUAGACCAUCCGAAUACCGAGCACCAUCCUUCACCUGGGCUUCAGUUGAUGGCUAC